AAAUAUGGGAUUUGCUUAUUUAAAAACACUUCAUGGUAUUUUGAGUGUUCUUCAAGUGUUUUUGGGUUUAAUUGCUCUAUUGGCUGGUUAUUUACUUUGGGAUGACACAAACGAUGAACUUUAUUGGCUUUUUUAUAUGGGACAAAAGCCUCUAGCAACCGUUGUUUUAGUUAUUUUGUCAUUAAGUUGGUUAUAUGGAUUGGGAAUAUUAUUUCAACAAUUAUUUGUUAAUGAUUUACUUGAAAAAAUUGGAAAACCAAAGUUACUUUUUAUGCAUUUAUUAAAUGGAUUACUUAUUUCUGGCAUAGCAAUAAUUGAAAGUUUGUAUUUAAAUCAAGAAAUUGGUGGACAUAAAGGAGGAGGAGAUACUCCUCAUCCGUCUCCAGAGCCUGGGGCUCUUUCACUAAAUUAUUUACCGCGAUUAAUUGUUGUGACGGUUUGUUGUUGGGUUAUUGUGGCAAGUUAUAUUGGCCAAUUUAUUUAUGUAUUACUUCAAUAA